AUGAAGUUCUCCAACGUUCAACUCGCCAUCUUGGCCUUUUCUCUCGGUGUCUCUGCCGCGCCUUCGAACAAAUACACAGGUGCCAUCUUCGCCAGAGAAUGUGACGAUGAGGUUACCAGCACCGCCGUAUCCUCUGCAACCUUCACAGCUCCCGUAAACCUCGCUGCUGAGACUAGCGAAGCAACCACCAAGAAGGCAAGCAAGACCUCAAAGGCUAAGACAACCAAGACAAAGGCCACUGAAGCCACAACAGCCACCGAUGCUGCAGACGACGCUGACGACGUUGAUGCUGAUGUAACAACCACAAGCAAAGCUAAAUCCGCCAGCGCAACCCCAGCAGCCAGCGACGCUGCAUCAAGCAAAACUGGCAAAGCCUCCUCAGCAGCAACGACGGCAUCCCCAACAACCGGCUCAUCCAGCGGUUCAAGCGGCGGUUCCUUACCCGCUUCAUCCGGAACCUCCGUCCUCUCAGCCGCGCAAACAAUCGCAGCAGGCGGCUCUUUCGAUGGUGGAAUGACGAUGUUCGACCGAGGUGUAUCCUGCACAGGCCAAGCCGAAGGCGGCGACUCAGAUGCUGUAUUCAACAUCGAAGAAGGCGGAUCCCUCUCAAAUGUCAUCAUCGGGCCCAACCAAAUCGAAGGUGUGCACUGUCAAGGUGCCUGCACUCUCACAAACGUAUGGUGGUCUGCUGUCUGCGAGGAUGCCUUCACAAUCAAACUCCAGGACGCCGGUGCAACGACAACGAUCAACGGUGGAGGAGCCUUUGGAGCCGAAGACAAGGUCAUCCAACAUAAUGGCGCCGGAACGGUUGUGAUUAACGACUUCACGGCUGAUACGUUCGGGAAAUUGUAUAGAUCAUGUGGAAACUGCAAGGCUUCUAAUGAGAGACAUGUGGUGAUGAAGGGCGUUUCUGCUAGCAACGGGGAUAUUCUUGUUGGCAUCAACUCCAACUUUGGCGAUACCGCUACACUUGAUGGAUCUAAGAUUACUUCUGUCAAGACCGUCUGUCAGGAGUUUGAGGGAACAACUCCCGGCAAUGAGCCAGCUACCGUAGAUACCAAGACUUCUUGUCUCGGUGCUGAUGGACAGUUGUAG